UGGUGGUUUAAGAAGGUGAAUUAGCCCAGCAACGAAGCGUACGGGAGCACCCAGGAUCACUCUGAGACACUCCAUCAGUGGCAUGGCAGCAAGCACACCGGAGGGGGAUGCACACAUGGAGGAGCUGUUGGAUCAGGGCCUUGGCAUGGAGGAGACAGAGCACGGCCUGCUGAGCAGGCCCUCACUGAAGGGGAGCUACCACAGCGACUCACUGCUGGCACCAGACACCGACUUCAUGACAGAUGACCGCAGCUCGGCAGCCAGUGGCCUGGAUGUGGCUGACCGGUUGACCUAUCUGGAGCAGAGGAUGCAGAUGCAGGAAGAUGAAAUCCAGCUGUUGAAGAUGGCUCUGGCUGAUGUCCUCAAGAGGCUCAACAUCUCUGAGGAGCACCAAGCAGCAGCUCUUGCAGCUGGAAGGAGACCAUUGGCUUCUAAAGCCAGGCCAGUGUCUCUCGCUCUGCCCUCCAGGCCGCCCACGGUGACCUCCAGCGCCGCCUCCAUCAAGAAGAGCUCCACGCUGCCCUCCAGCUCCACAGCAAGGAACUACAGCCCAACACCACCCCGCAGUGUUGUGAAGAGCCCACCGGGCAGUUUGAAGGACAGUCCGUGUAAGGCCGCUAAAGCACGACCCACCCCUGCAGCCUCCACCUGUAAGAAGCCUCAGGAAGGCAGCAAGUCUAAGGAGGCUGCCACAAAUGUAGGGACAAGACGUGUGACACACUGCAAAGUGACUAUGCAGAUCUAUCUGAGCCCCCUCACAAGAAAGACUGGGUCUUCUGAGAUCGCCAAAUCUGCAGCGAUGGUGCCUGACCACAGCAGGCCCAUGGCCACACCUCAGACGAAGGGGGGCAGCAAGCCUCAGGCAAGGAAAGCAACUCCAUCCUUCACCCUAAACCUGCAGAAAACCGCAACCAGCCAGAACACAGCACAGGACACAUCCAACUACAAGAGCCCCAUCAAGUCGCCCAGCCAGUACUUUCAGAUUUGCUACUGAGGCAAGCGGACAGAGAUAGAUUUACUACAAAUGUGAACCUGCUAUCCUGGUUACUAAACUACCAAACUAAUUAUGAAAAGCUUCAGUCAACUCAUUUGAACAAAAACAGGUAGUGAGUGCGCUUCUUAAAUUGCAGAUUGCAGGGAGGACAGAAUUUUCCCCGUUUGACAACAUUUCCAUUAGCAAGUUAGAGUAAUUAUUUCAGUGAUAGUUUGAAAGUUUGAAUGCCUCUUUGUAACAUGCUGAUAUCUGUAUACUGUUUCACUGAAUGCCUGUGUUUAUACCAUAAACGUCCUUCGCCCGCCCGUCCGUCCAUCCGUCCGACUUUGUGUAUAGGGAUGUGUGUCUGUCCGUGUGUUCGAACACUGGUUGUGUGAUGGAAAAGGGAAUCUGUGUUUGAUGUCAGCGGGUGUGUGUGUCACUGAAUCUGUCUCAGGCCUGCGUGCUGUGAUGUUUGUAGUUCAGUAGUUGAUGUUCCUCUUUGAACAGAAGUAAUACACAGAAUGUACCUGAAUCAGUCAAAAAGGCUCAUUCUAGUUCAGGGCAAACAAUAAAAAUACAAAAGCUAUAAUCACUAAUUGGGUGACUUUUCUUUGUGUUGUCUGCCAUGAAGUGUGUGAUGGUGUGCAUG